CAAAGCACCCAAAAUCCAAGCAAAUCAAAUGCAAAAUAUAAGUAUAGAACUCGAUCCCGAAAGAGCUAUUCUCUCUUUAAAUAAAGUUGAACUUUUUGUCGUUACAAUUUUCUUAAUUGUGAUAGAUUGUGUGUAUAUAUGCUUAAUAAAACUUGAGAUAUCAGUUUGUGACAUCAGUACAUAUUAUAUAUAGAUUCUCGAAAUCGGAAGCUGUUUUGUUUUCAUGCAUGACGAUACCCGCAAAUGGGAAGUUUUAUGUCACUCAAAAAAUUUCAUAUAUACUCCACACAAAUUUGUUGCGAUUAGUAAUUACAUGACGUAUAUGAACGGAAAUUUAUUUUGUUUUCUUAACAAACACAUAACUAUGGCACUAUUUCCAUAACAAUUAAAUAUCUGAUUAGCCGACAAAACCAUCAAACGGAUUCGACCAUCCUAAAGUAAUCACCUACAAAAGAUUUGCGGUAGGAAGAAGCAUAUGACGUCAACUAAAAUGGCUUUGUUAGUGUAAUAAUAUUAUUUUGGUACUUAAAAAUUCGCCAAGUCAAACAUGAACUGCUCGAAGUCGCAUAUAAAGGUUCAAGAAGCCAAAUGAAAAUGGGCGACGAGAGAAAGCAUUUAGCAAAAGCAAAAAUAUGUUAAACUGUUCUUCUAAGAGAUUUUGCUUGUUAGCGUUUCCAUUGGUUCUUCUUCUUCUUAUUCUCUUCCUAGUCUUUUCUUUUUUCCCUAAUAAUGUAUCUCCACCUCAACAGUUCUUUUCUUCACUUACUAUGUCCUCUCUUCUUGAUCACACAAAUGCAUUACAAUCCUCAUCUUCCUCGUUAUACUCUCCUCCGAAUACCAUAAAGAGAAGGAGCAAUCUUGAGAAAAGAGAAGAAGAGUUGAGGAAAGCAAGGGCUGAAAUUAGAAGAGCCGUCAGGUUUAAGAAUUACACGUCCAACGAAGAAGUUACUUAUAUCCCCACAGGCCAGAUCUACAGAAACUCAUUUGCCUUUCAUCAAAGUCAUAUAGAAAUGAUGAAAAGAUUUAAAGUCUGGUCGUACAGAGAAGGAGAGCAGCCACUGGUUCACGAUGGACCGGUAAAUGAUAUCUACGGAAUCGAGGGACAGUUCAUUGACGAGCUUAGUAACGUGAUAGGCGGACCAAGUGGCCGGUUUAGGGCUAGCCGGCCGGAAGAAGCUCAUGCCUUCUUCUUACCGUUCUCCGUUGCCAACAUUGUCCACUACGUCUACCAACCCAUUACCUCGCCGGCUGAUUUCAACCGCGCCCGCCUCCACCGGAUCUUUAACGAUUAUGUAGACGUCGUGGCUCGCAAACACCCUUUUUGGAACCAAAGCAAUGGCGCUGACCAUUUCAUGGUCUCUUGCCAUGAUUGGGCUCCCGAUGUGGCGGAUAGUAAACCAGAGUUUUUCAAGGACUUCAUGAGAGGACUAUGCAACGCCAACACAACGGAAGGUUUCAGACCAAACAUCGAUAUCUCUAUACCAGAGAUUAACAUUCCUAAAAGGAAGCUAAAGCCACCGUUCAUGGGCCAAACCCCUGAGAACAGGACGAUCUUGGCUUUCUUUGCAGGAAGAGCUCACGGAUACAUAAGGGAAGUCUUGUUCACUCACUGGAAGGGCAAGGAUAAAGACGUUCAAGUGUAUGACCACCUCACAAAGGGACAAAACUAUCAUGAAUUGAUUGGUCAUAGCAAGUUUUGUCUUUGUCCUAGUGGCUACGAGGUGGCUAGCCCUAGAGAGGUCGAAGCCAUCUACUCAGGCUGCGUCCCGGUUGUCAUAUCCGACAACUACUCACUUCCGUUCAACGACGUGCUUGAUUGGAGCAAGUUCUCGGUAGAGAUCCCGGUCGACAAAAUCCCUGAUAUUAAGAAGAUUUUGCAAGAGAUUCCGCAUGACAAGUAUAUAAGGAUGUAUCAAAAUGUUAUGAAAGUUAGAAGGCAUUUUGUGGUGAACCGCCCGGCUCAACCGUUUGAUGUGAUCCACAUGAUACUUCACUCCGUUUGGUUAAGGAGGCUAAACAUUAGGUUGCCUUCUUGAUAGUAUAUUACUAUAUUUAAUGGUUUUAGCCACAACAAAAAAAAAAAAAAAUAGUCAUUGCAUUACAAUACCUUUUGUUCUUAUAUUUCUUUCAAGAGUUAUUUCAAAAAAACUCAUUGAACUAAAACAGUUGUCUAGAGUAUUAAUUACUCAUAUACGCUGUA